AUGAGGCGGUCCUUCACAGAGAGUCAGAAAGAUCUGAAGGAGACUCUACUGGCUAAGAUGGACGAGUUGAUGGCUAUGGUAAAAGGAGCGCCCACACCUGGAGAGCCCACACCUGCACCGCAAAAUGAGGAACAAGAGGCGAGUGAUAACGAAGAUGUCUUCCCAGAAGAUUGGGAAGCAGAUGAUAACGAGGCACCGUCAACUCCAUUGGAAGCAAUUAUCACGGCCAUUGGGGAUACACAAUCACAGGACGAAGUCCUACUUCUACCUGGACCCCCAGAAAAUGUGCCAUUUGUGAGGAAGAGGAAGCCGCCAAAGUACUUGAACGACUACACUGCGGAAAAGAAAAAGAGGCGAGUUCUUCCAGAGAACGUAGACCCGGAGAGACCAGUAGACCGUAGAUUGUUUCGUACGUUCAAGAGGUGGUUGAUUGGAGACAUUCCCAAUGCCCGACCUAGGAAUGUGCACACCGGUGUUGGCGAUGUCAAGUUCUUCACAACUUUGUUUCUUAGGUCGGAUUGGCUUCACGAUGAUCACAUAGAUGCCAUAUCACACUUGAUGAGGAGGAGACGCCAUCAUUUUCCAGAGUUGUACCCUCAGCCAGAUGCAGUGAACCAGUACUAUCUGGGUAUGGAGAGCCGUUACAUGCCAUGUUGGAAGGAUUUGAACUUCAUAUACUUCGUCCUGUACUUCGAUCAUCAAAAACAUUGGGUUGCUGUUGAGGUAGAUAUUGAUAUGUGGCAGAUUCGGGUGUACGAUAAUGAUUUAUCAUGCACCACCGACGCACAGUUUGAUGCCAUCAUGCUACCUUGGACUGAGUUGUUUCCACAUCUGCUGAGGUCUACUGGCUAUUAUGAUCAAGUGAACAACAACAUUCUGAAUGUGGACUUAGGGGACAGUAGCCAACUCAGAUCAAUGCAUGCUAGACGCAUGCCAAGUGAGGUGGUUCCCCAAAGUAAAACAAGUGGUGAUUGUGGGGUGUAUGAACUUGAGUACAUCGAACACCUAAUGCUGAAUCGGUCCUUGGACAACAUUACAGACGAUAGCAUGAGAAUGUUCAGAGAUCGGUGGUGUGUAGACUUGUUUUAUCAGAACUUAACUUGGUGA